UACACAUUGAAUUGCUGUUCUUCCUCCUUGCUAGUCAGUAUAAGCAAUACUGAAAGUGUAAUUUAUCAGAAACUCAUUUGAGUUGUAUUUAGGACUGAAGGGGACUCGCUGGCUGGAAGUUCAAAUAGCUAUGGGGUAUAUGACCUUUUAGGCCAAAAAACAAAUGCUUGUGUUUCCGCUAUCAUCCUCAGGAAAAUUCAGUUUGUUCUCCAAUCAAAGAUAUCUAUGAAGUAAAAGACUGACAUGCUAAUGAGUACGCAACACGCGAUCUCACAAUCUGUCAGUGUGGCCUAUGAUUGGCUGAUGGACAAUAUGGAUGACAGUGACAGUUGCCAUGGAAACUGUUCCGGCCAUGGUGGAUGUCUGGAUGGAAAAUGUGCCUGUUUGGUACAGUUUACGGGAGGGACGUGUCAAGACCCCAACAAUGGCUACUUCCUGGCGUUUGGCUGUAUCUUUAUAAUGCUGAGUGCUGUAUCAUUUGUUCAGUUGUGUCUUUGUAUCAGGAAUGAGUAUUUAAGCCAGAGGAGGAAAUCUCUGAAGGAAGCUGCAUUUCGUCUGACAGGCCAGAAGUUAUUAUAUGCCCUGACAAUAUUUGCUACAGCCAUAAGAGGCAUAUACUUCUUCACAAAGCUACAUGUGUCAGAACUGGUAUCUAACAACCUAUGGACAGCCUACUACCCUAUUCUCCUGUCCUGUUUCUCUUUUAUCGUCUGUUUCUGGGCAGAGGCAUUCCACGUUGAGUUUGAGCAGAGUCAACCCCGAUUCCUCAGCAAGUCAUUUAUUGGAUUCUUCAUCUUUAAUCUGUUCACAUACUGCCUGUUGUUUGUGAAUAUUGUGUUGUUGGACGUUGUCCCUAACGAUGUCUAUGCGGAUUUAGUUACCAAGGUGACCAAUGGUAUAUUUGCUGGUACAAUGAUUAUCGCUGUUAUCUUCUUUCUCAUUUAUGGGAUAGAAGUUUAUUUCAAGGUGCGUGGGGCAUUCACUAAAGGAGACAGUGAUGUUGACCCCUGGCAGUUGAGUAUGUCCCGUCUAGGUUUGGUUUCCCAGGCCAUGUUCCAGCUCUGUCUAGCUCUAUUUCUCCUGUCAGACAUUACCAAGGAUGUGUGGAAAGACAGACUACCGAUUCUCAGCCAGAACUUUUACGACAUUGGGUUCCGGGUGGUGGAGUUCAGUGUGGCUGUAUGGUUCCCUUGUGUUCUGUGGAACUAUAAAAGCCCUGAAAGUCUGUGGGUCCUCAACCCUAAGAGAUUAUUUAGUACUGCCAAGACUGUGUUUGAUGAAAGUACAGAAGAAAAAUACAUCAAGAGCACAGAGUAUCAAUCAUAUGGUUCAUGUAACCCCAGUGUUACCGAUGGUAAAAGUGACUGCUGGAUCUGUUACGAUCCUGAGAGACAGGAUGCGGGCCACCUCAUACAGCCAUGUGAGUGUAAGGGCGACAUGGCGACUGUCCACCACGAGUGUCUCCGCAAGUGGCUCAUGGAGUGCUUCGAAGAUGACAGAGACUUUAAAUGCAAAGUGUGCAAUGUCAAGUACAAGUUACACAUGGGGUCGAUUUGGCUCCCAAAGGGUAUGAAGCCGAGACACUGGGUGCAGACAUUCUUCUCCUUAAUCAUCAUGGUAGGCUGUCCAUUUGCAGCCUAUACCAUUUCCCACACACUGGCAGUGACACAGACCUACAUCAAUGUCCUCAUCAUCGGCAUCACACUGAUUAUUGAAUUCUCCUGUCUAAGAAUGCUGGCUCUCAACUUGGGAAUUUGUUACAAACGGGGCCACGUGUCAAUGCUGUCAAUAGCAGGAAGAGUCAAAUUGCCUCCAAAAUCAAAAACUAACAGUGAAUCAGACCAGAUUGUACGACAGCCGUCGACUGGGAGUGACAGUGAAACAAGCACAGAUGUCAUAUCUACAGAAGGCCAGAGUGUUACUGAUGAGGAGAGGACAAACAUCACAGGAACUCACUCAACCAGUUCCGGGAGCUGUUCCAUGUCUAUUGAGGUUGUGAUUGAGAACCAUCGACUGUGAUCUUUCUUUGAUCAUAAACAGUGAUAAAUGUACAAUGUCAUUAUCAUGUUUCUCCUAAAAUGGUCAUUUGUACAAUUCAUGUUCAGUUUGUAUGGGAAACAGAGAAACCUUUGGGAGGUCUGUCAUCCAAAAAAUAAAUGAUAGAUUAUCUCCUUUUAUUACAUAGCGUCAAAUGAUAAUAACUGUUAUUAAUUGUAUACCCAUAUCUCAGGUUCUUAAAUUGUUGAUAUUUAUUUUUUUUAUUUUUUAAUUUACUUAAUUAGCAAUUAGAUGCAAUAAGACUGCGGUGGCCGAGUGGUUAAGGCGUCUGAUCGUCUACGAAUUACUCACCCUCCAAUCGCUGGGUGGCGGGUUUGAGGCCUAGAUAAGGCAGUGGCCACAGGUCAGUGUUUUUUCUCCGGUUACUCCAGCUUUACUGCACCACCAUUUAGGUACAGAGAUGUAACAAUAUGUGUUCUGAUUCAAAAGGAGUAAGGAAUGGAUGUUAGGGUGAGACAAAUCACCACCAAAUCUUCUGUCGUUGCCAAUAAAUCUGUCUCUACACUGUGUCAGGUACGUAGUAAAGCAUAUUAAAGAACUCUAUCUUGUGUUGGUGACAUGUCCCUCUACAGCAGAUUGACCAAUCAGAAAGAAGCUUUUGAAAGUCGGUCAUUUGGCCCCCCAUAUUAAUGCAUCAUAAUAGAUCUGUUUGCUGACAAGGCGGAUGUUUUGGAUAGUUUGUCAGGGUCCUGUUAUCUCAAUUUCAUAGGUGAAAUUUGGAUUUUGAUCAGAAUUAUUCAUACAGAUGGCGACUUGAUGCAUAUUGAAAUCUGUGAUUAUUUUCUGUGAAUUAAUUUGUUGAAGUUGUGUGAAAUUCAUAUCGUUGCAAUGACACUGUGAUAUUUGUGAAUGCGAAAUUGUCCGUUUGUAGUUUGGGAUUUCACAACACACUGAUCAGAUUUCAGUUUUAAAUCAAGGAUCGAUACUUACUAAUUUAUCUAUUCAAUAAAUACAAAAAUUUGUCAAUCAUUCAAUUUGAUCUUUAAAAGUAUGCAAUCCCUAAUGGAUUCCAACAUGGUAGACUUUUGUAUAGUUUGGGUAGAAUCAGAAAGUGGCAAAGUACGAUAGUCGCGGCUGAAGACCAUAGCGAGUCGUGGUUCGUAUCCAAUCAAAACAUGCUGACAAAUCAUGUUAGCAUUACUUUAUCAAUAUUCAUUAUAUCAUUUAAACUUUCAUCGAGUCUAAUGGCCAUACUGAAAUAACAUUUGGGUAUACUGUUGAAGCAAUAAGAUAUAAACUAUGUAUAUACAUAUAAUUUAUUAGAACAAGCUCAGAUUUAAAGUGUUAUGGUUGUGAUGAGACAAUAUGGACCUGGUCCCUCUAUAUAUCAUGUACAUGUAUAAUUUGACCUGAGCUAAUUAAAGGAAAACCAGUUGUACAUGUAUUCCCUGUUCCCCCGACACAAAUUACAAUUAAAUGAACGAUGUUUGGCUUUAUUGAGGUAAAUGUGGGGCAAUAAUAUCUAGAAUAAAUCCUGGUACACUACAGUAUACUAUCGAGAUCAAGGGAGGAGGUAUAAUUCUAUACAAUGUACUCACUAUUUGUAUUUAUAGAUAAAUCUGCAGGUGCUUCAGACACUGAUAUUUACAAUGUCCAUGAUGUUUUAUCUGUGAUAUGAUUCUAAACAAAUAUAUGUGUUCUAUGCAAAUAAUAUUUACUGUUCUGCUUUGAAAAAAGAGUGUGAAAUUUAAAUGAGAGGGUAUACGAAAUAUGAUUGAGUGGAUACAAAGAAAUUUGACGGUGGGACAAGAUAUGCUAAGGAAAAGAUGUGACAUGUGGUGAGUUGAAGUGUAUAUAUAUAUAUAUAUGAAAUAUGAGUGUGAGGAUAUACGAAAUAUAAGAAGGCGGAUUUGAAUGAAAUAUGAUUGGGAGGAUAUACAAAAUGAGUAGGAGGUUAUGUGAUUUAUGAAUGGAGUAUAUACAAAAUAGAAGUUAAGAGAAUAUAAGAAUUAUGAGGAGGAUAUACUAAAUAUGAGUUGGAGGAUAUCAGAAAUACAAGUGGACAGAUAUAGGAAAUAUGAGUGGGAGGAUAUACAAAAUAUGAGUUAGAAGUAUGAGAUAAGAGUGUUUGUAAGGAAGUAUUGAUAUAAAGUGACACAAUUCCUGCAACACCAGUUGAUAUUCUGAAUAACAACUAUUGUUUGAUGUACAUCUUUAAUGCAUCAAAUGUGAAAUCUGACUGACUUGUAUGACACACCAUUCCAGCUUAAUAAAACAAGAGGCCCAUGGGCCUUAACGGUCACCUGAGUCCUACAAUA